ACACCCACAAUCACAACACAAGAGCUUAAAAACACCAAGCAACAAUGUCAAAAAACUCAAAGGCUUCUUCUCUAUGUCAACUCCUCCUCCUCCUCUUCUUGUCUCUCAAUUCUCAACCAGCACUCUCCUCUCGUGCCCCAAAACCGCAAUCACAACCAACAUCAGCUCAAACCAUAAUCGAUGAUGAUUCGUCUUCAAUGGCCAAGAUCGACCAUGCAAAAUCCAUGAUUGCUGGAUUCUUCAACCACAAGUUUCCAAUAAAGGGCUGGCCUAUCCCCUACUACCCACCUUUCACAAUGGUUAACCCUAAUAUUCCAACAAACCCAUCUGGAGCUCAAGAGGAAUCAGAGAAGUUACCUUCUCCCCCAAGCAAAGCCAAAAAAGAUGGAGGAAACGCCUGAAUUUAGCAUUUUACUUGUGUGUUUUAAAAAUAUAUUUUUCAUCGAACACUUAAAAAUUUGUGUGCCAUUAAGCGUUGAUACUGAUGGAAAAGUGAGGUUAAAACCGCA